AUGGUGACUCCUCCAUCGACUAUACACGACCCCGAGUCGACAUCCAUCCUUGAGCGCGCCACUAGGGUCCUUUCUAUCGAAGCAACCGCGCUAUCACAUGUCACCAGAUUGUACCAAACAGAUCCUCAUGCCAGAGAGGGACUGCUUGGUGCAGUUGAGUGUAUCACCAGAUCACAAGCUGCUGGAGGAAAGAUUGUUGUCUGCGGAGUGGGCAAGAGUGGUCUUGUUGGCAGAAAGACGGUCGCGACGCUGAAGAGUUUGAGCAUCGCAGCCAGCUUCAUGCAUGCUGCCGAGGCCGCACAUGGUGAUCUUGGCGAUAUUCGCGAGACUCCUGAAUUGCUCAACCUUCUUCCUCACCUACCUCGCAACCUCCAGAUCGUCGCCUUGACCUCGCAAUCGAAGGCAUCCGAAUGUCCCCUCCUGAAAGAGCAUGAGAAUGGUAUAUUGCUUCCAGCACCUUUGUUCGAGUUGGAAGAGGUUUCUUUCGGUGUGUCGGCGCCAACAACAUCCACAACCGUGCAGAUUGCCAUUGGCGACAUGCUGGCGCUCACUGUGGCCGACCAGCUGCACGAGAACAAGGGCAAGACCUUCAAGAAGAAUCACCCUGGUGGUGCCAUUGGAGCUGUGACUAGAGAGUCGGCAAAGAGUAUUGCCGAUGCUUGUCAACAGCCUGUCACUCCUCUUGAGGUCGUUCCUCUUGAAUUGCCAUCUCCAAGUCUUUCUGCACAGAGCGACUCCUGA